CGUUGUGCAUAAAACAGUGAAUUGGACUUGUAUAAUACGCGGGCCACUUGUAGAAGAAGGCCGCGAACCAAUAGUCUACCACAGCUUGAUUGCUGCCUGGACCGCACACGCUUCGCCACUAUGCAGACGACAAUCCUGCGCCCCUGCGUCCGCCUAAAUGGCUUCCGGCCAAUGCCUUUUUCACGGGCGUCACCUCUGUGCCCUGGCCUCCCUCUUGCCGGGUUGCGCAAGCGGAUGCAACUCCAGUCCUCCAAUAACGGUGACGGCUUUAUUAGCGAUGAUGAAGGAACCUACAACGUUGCCGCUGAUUAUUGCGCACUUGACGACAAGGGUAAGAAAGCCUCAAAGCGUUCGCUGGGAGAGAUGGAGCAGGAUUUCCUGGCAGCGAUGACCGCCUGGUACUACGAGGGCAAGCCCACCAUGUCCGAUGAGGAAUUUAACCUGCUUAAGGAUGAGCUGAUCUGGUCCGGCAGCACCGUGGCCGUCCUGAGCAGCGACGAGCAGCGUUUCCUGGAGGCCUCGAUGGCGUACGCGAAGGGCAAGCCGAUUAUGUCGGACGAGGAGUACGACCUUCUGAAGGCAGAGCUCAGGAACAAGAGCAGUAUUGUUACCGCGCAGGGUCCGCGGUGCAGCAUUCGCAGCAAGAAGAUGUACGCAGACGCCGAGCCUGAUUACCUUCGCAUGACCGCGCUAAGCCUACCCGGUGUCAUGUUCGUCCUGGGCCUUGUGUUUGUGGCUGACUACUCCUCCGGCUUCGGCCUCACAAAGGUCAUUGAGCUGCCGGCACCGUACGGCGUUGUACUGCUCUGGGGCCUGCUGCUGCCGUCAUUGUUCGUGAUCGCCUACGCGCUUACCCAGGUCGGCUUUAAGGACAACCUGAUCCUGAAGGCGCCCUGCCCCAGCUGCGGUGCUGAGAACUUUACGUACUUCGGGGAUGUGUUCACCGUCUCCGGGAACCGAGGGCAAAACACGUUGGAGUGCCACAACUGCAAGGCGGACCUGACCUUUGAUGAGUACAAGCGGAUCGUCGUGGUGGCAGAGACAGCGGAGGUCAAGGCUGAGAAGCUCGCGGCGGCUGCUGCCAAGAAGGCUGCGGCUGCUGCUAAGAAGAAGGCCAAGGCCGCCGCUGUUGCCGAGUAGACCCGGCGGACUUGCAGCACGCAGAUCCGCUGGGGUUGCGCUACGGCGGCAAGACCCCAUCUACAUUUUGGCUGCCGCCUUGGCGCGCAGCAUUGGGACAUGGCUUUGUGCGUAUACAGUCGUGAGCGAGUGAAGGGCCGUGUCCGAGUUAGAUCGUCCGUUGCUGUGAGCCGCUACGGACCCCCUUGAGCUUGAGCAGUUCGUGAAAUCGUACGAGGUAUCUGUUUACACCUCAGGGGUGCUGAGCCGAGCCGAAAUGACGCAAGCACACGGAAGAUGAUGACGGUGUCAUAUGAACAGCAAAUUUUGAACGAAAGGAGGUUGAGGGUGAUUAUUGAGGGCCGUGUGCGUCAGGUGCGGAGGCGCGCAUUUUGAGUGGUGAGAGGGAGAAAUGGGUGCAGCAUACGGUUCUGCCACCACAGUAUUGUUAAUCUGUGGGUCAUCUGUGAGCCGUCUUGGAGUUUGGGGUGUUGUUGGGUAUGUGCAGUCGGCUGGCGCCGUGGUAGAGGAGCGAGGUGUCCUGUACGUGCAUGCGUUCCCUUGCUGCGCGGCCUGUGCUUUUGGCUGGGUUGCGUUUUCUGCACGGAGGUCGAGCUGAUGUUGUUAUGGUUGGGAGCGCGACACGAUUGGGGCUCUGGAGCCCAAUGCAGGUAUCAAGGGAAUUCGAAUCUCAACUCCAUGAAUAAGGGCGCGGCAGGCAGUUUUGGCCCAGGUUGAGAUAGCUCGCGUGCCUGCCCCCCAACCAUCCGCAUCUCGUGUUUCAAGACGACCCAUUGGACCUGGAGAGGUUGACGCCUUGGCGCUGAUGUUUAGGAUCGCAGACAGUUCGCAAUUCACCAACUGGCGGGCAAUAUGUCUUGCGUUACUUGACGGCGCCUUUGCAUGCAUAUUUAAAACCAUCUGGCAGGACAAC